AUGCGCAGCCGUCUGUGGCUGGGCCUCGCAUGGCUGCUGCUGGCCCGGGCUCCCAGCGCUGCGAGGACCCCAAGCGGUCCGCGGAGACCACGUAGCUACCCACACCUAGAGGGCGACGUGCGCUGGCGGCGCCUUUUCUCCUCCACCCACUUUUUUCUGCGCGUCGACCCCAGUGGCCUCGUGCAAGGCACCCGCUGGUGCCACAGCCCUGACAGCAUCAUUGAGAUCCGCUCCAUCCGCGUGGGCGUCGUGGCCCUCAAGGCUGUGCACACCGGUUUCUUCGUGGCCAUGAGCCGCUGGGGCCACCUCUAUGGGUCGCGGGUCUACACUGCUCACUGCAGGUUCCAGGAGCGCAUUGAGGAGAACGGCUACAACACCUACGCCUCACUUCACUGGCAUCACCAGGGUCGGCCCAUGUUCCUGGCACUGGACAGGCGGGGGGCCCCGCGACGUGGUGGCCGGACCCGGCGGCACCACCUAUCCACCCAUUUCCUGCCUGUCAUGGUCUCCUGA